ACUGUAUGAUUUUUUCAAACAAUAAAUAAACCUAAAGAUUUUGUUCAAAACCUUUCCUCCAAAUCUCUUCUAAUAACAUUCGGCAACAACCCACCCGUUCAAUCGCCGCCACCGCCAACUGUCAUCGCCGCUUUGCACUCUUCCGUUCUACACCUUCCUUCUUCCUAAGGAAUUUGAAUCUCAAGUUGAAGAAAGAUGGGUGAGAGGAAGGUUUUGAACAAGUAUUACCCACCUGAUUUCGAUCCUGCCAAGCUUCCCAGAGUUAGAAGGCCCAAAAAUCUACAAAUCAAGGUACGCAUGAUGCUUCCCAUGAGCAUUCGAUGCAACACUUGUGGUAAUUACAUUUACAAGGGCACCAAGUUCAACUCCAGAAAAGAAGAUGUUAUUGGCGAGACAUAUUUGGGAAUUCAAAUUUUCAGAUUCUAUUUCAAAUGCACUCGGUGCUCGGCUGAACUUGCCAUGAAGACUGAUCCACAGAAUUCAGAUUACGUCGUUGAGUCUGGUGCGACCAGAAACUUUGAACCUUGGCGCGCAGAGGAUGUGGAAACUGAUGAAAUGAAAAAGAAAAGGGAAGCUGAAGAAAUGGGAGAUGCAAUGAAGUCCUUAGAGAAUAGAACCCUGGAUUCUAAAAGAGAGAUGGACAUCCUUGCUGCACUGGAUGAAAUGAAGUCAAUGAAGUCUAGGCAUGCAACUGUAAGUGUUGAUGAAAUGCUUGCGGCCUUGCAACGAACGGCAGCAGACAAGGAGAAAAGACUUGAAGAAGAAGAUGAAGCACUGAUAAAAUCAAUUUUCUCUAAUAAUUCAGAAGUUUCUAUCAGCAGAAUUCGUGAUGAAGAUAUUGAAACUGAGGAGGAAUUGUUUCAGCUUUCAAAUGGACAUGGUGAAACAUCCAAUGAUAAUCCAAAGAGGCAAAAAAAAUCCGAAGAUCUCCCAGGAAAAGCAACCGACACUCUGACAAAAGCCAGUUUGGAUGACUCUGGCAAAGAAGAAAAAUUGAGCAGCAGUCGUGGAAAGCUUAAUCCAUUGGUGACGAUUUCUGUGGUUAAGAAACCAGGGACCCCUAAUGUUAAAAGCCCUGCAGAGACCAAAUUAAAGGAAAAAGAGGAAGAUGAUAAAACAACCACUGCUACUGGACUACUAUCUUUGUGCCAAAGUUAUGGAAGUGAUGAGGAUUAGUUGUCAUAAAUAUUUGGAAUGAUUAUAUUCCACAGCUGCUUCCAAUGCAUUGUAUAUUAUGAUGUAGGAUAUAAAUUCUUCAUUUUCAAAUUCUUGAAGUAUUUUCUUUUGUCAUCUUAUUUAAGAUCAAUGAAGAAGAGGAACACAACAUAGAAUGCUUGUUUGGCUUUUUUUUCUUCUAUUUUGAUGUUUGGUUUUUUUGGUGUUGGGGGUGUGCAAAAAGCAUAACCUUGUUCUAUCUAUACUAGUAUGGUGAUACCUGUCUGGCUCCCCAAAUCCCUCUAUUUCCUUUCGGUGAUUGCCCAUCUGUCCUCCAUAUUCCGAUAGUGUAGCUUCCGGUAAAAGUACACUAGCAUUUGAUUCCAACAGGACAUCUAGUGUUGUAAUAAGUACUUGGUUUAAUUGUAGUUUUGGUUUCUUUA